UUUUUUGUUUUCUGCUGCGGACCCCUACAGGUAAUUAUUUCACUUAAAACUAGUCUAAUGGUUAUAAAAUUCCAGCCUAUUAAAUAGACAGUCGGAUGUUUUUGUUUUUUGAGGGGUUUUCUAGCAUUUUUUUAUCUUUUUUCUGGGGAGCCCGUCGAUUACUUUUAACAUAUAAAAGAUUGACAGUCGGAUGUCUUUUAGUUUUGAGGGAUUUUCUUGCAUUUUUAUCCUUUUCUGGUGAGCCCAUCAAUUAAUUUUAAUAUAUAAUAUAUUAGGUUGUGUUGGCUCCUUCCAAAGAAAGCCUUGUACAUAUUAUUUUAUGGGCCAUAAAAAACUAGGGCCCAAGAUAUACAUGUGUAACCAAUAAAAACACAUCUUCCGUGGGAACUGGGCUUACCAAGGAGGCAGGUCGAUGCUCAGAGUAACAUAUGUGUUAUACCAUGACUUACCAAAUGUCUCAAUAUUUUCUAGUUUCUCUUAGUGUAUCAUUCCUAGUUGCUAUCUCAGUUUCUAAGUUAAGGCCCAAAGCAAGGUCCAUGUUAUACUGACAUAUUAUGGAUUAAAGGACGACCACUUCUAGAUUAGAUAGUUCAUAGAUAGUACAGGAUAUGAUGUAAUAAAUGUGAUAACUGGUAUAUUAGGAUGUAAUCAAUGUGAUCAACGAAAGGAUUUGGACGCAAUUAACAACCAAAUAAAUUUGACCACAAUUAUUUUGUAUAUUAGAGUAAAACUUAGUUGGGUUUAACUCCCAUUAAUACUUCUAGAUAAGGAUAUGGAUGUAGUCAAAUGGCAAUCAUUUAAUAUUUCUAUUUUUAGAAGUGUUAAUAGUUCUAUAUAUGGACGUGAAUACUUACAUCAUAAGAAAGACAUGUCAGUGGUUGCAAAGAAGGAUGUCAAUGCAUUCACAUAUGUAUAUUUGGACGAUAGUUAAUAGUAUCCAUAAACAAGCACCUUUUCUGAGUUAUGUAUGUUAAUUCUUACUAAAGAUUUACAUAGCCAUAGCAUAGUCAAAUAGCACUCCCAUACAACCCUUUUAUUCUAUAUAAGGGGAGUACAUCUUCUCAUAUCCUACACCAAUAUGCUGUUAGCCAACAGUACCUGUAAAUCUCUAGUUUUCUGUAGAUACUUGUGCUUCCUAUUUGUAGUAGUAAGUUUCUUCCUCUUUGUCCACAUUAGUAUGCCGAGGAAAGAGCGGCGGUCAGGUGUGGCAUACAUCCAUAAUGACAAAGACCGUGAUCUCACCUUCUACAAGCGACGCUCCGGUUUGUUCAAGAGGGCGACCGACAUCUCUGCCCUCACUAGGGCUAGGGUUGCAGUCGUCCUAGAGACAAACAAUGGAAAGAUGCACUCAUUUGGGACGCCAUUGGCCGAUCCCAUUUUUGAUGCUUUCCUAUUUGGAGCUCCACCAACAGUUCCCUCCGUCAAUGAGGCAACCACUGCUAGGAUUGGAAGCCUACAAAAUGAGCUGGCUCAGUUGGACAUGGAGAACAUGACCGAGGAAGCCCGAAACCAACUUUCCAUCCUUCAUAUGAAAAGUAUCCAAGAAGAGAAUCCAAGUAUGGUGGCAAAUCUUAUCUUCACGAAGGAACAAGAUCUCGGUCUUGAAGAUCUAAAUAAGCUCUUCAGUGAGCUCUCUCGGGUCCAAAAAGACAUUAGAUGCCAGCUACCUCCAUUGCAUGGUCGUGAAGCCAAGACCAGUGGCACAUGUGUGGCACAAGAUCUGCAACUACCAAGUGUUCCGCUGACGGAUCAUUUGGGUACUACUCAUUCACUAAUGCAGUCAUCAUGGCCUCACAAUCUCUCACAACUCCAGCCACCUGCAGAUCCACUACCAUCACAACCAGAACAAACUUCGGCACCACUUUUUCCUAUGCAGGCACCACAAAUGUUUGAUUUUGCACCACCAUCUUUAGCUCCACACUUGGCUUCCCAUGUCCAACCCAUACCAAAUCAGGUACAUGAGCAAACUCAACUAGAGGAGUUGCAUGUUCAGAACUAUGAAAGUCCUUGCAACAUAGUGCAACCACAACAAAGUGAUGCAAACCAUGACUCAACAUUGGGGCAGAAUUUGGAGGCCUCUCCAUUGUUGGGGUACUCGAGUGGCAAUGCUUUUUCUAUUGAUGACCCAUUUAACAGUGAACAAUGGGAUUAUUCUCUAUCAGAUCAGUCGUUCUACAAUAGUUUCCUUGGGAUUGAUGAUUACUUAGGCUCUAGCGGUACCGAUCUAGGACAGUCUGCCAUGGUAAAUGGUGGAUGGUUUGAUGUGCCGCCCUCUUCCACUGGACAAGAUAUUGAUGGUCUUAUAGACUAUGGAGAGCUUUUGUAG